GUAGGGCGGUUCCUCUGGGGCCUUGGCUGGGUGUUAGCCUCCAGGGGUCGGUUGUGAGCCACAGAAAGCCGGGCUUUGUUAGGAUGGCCUGACGCGGCUCUGCCAUCUGCUCAGGGUCUUGGCUCCAAGAUGACCAAAAAAAGGAGAAACAACGGUCGGGCCAAAAAGGGCCACGGCCAUGUGCAGCCGAUCCGCUGCACAAACUGUGCCCGGUUCGUGCCCAAAGACAAGGCCAUUAAGAAGUUCGUCAUUCAGAACAUCGUCGAGGCCGCCACUGUCAGGGACAUAUCCGAAGCCAGUGUCUUCGAUGCCUAUGUGCUUCCCAAGCUCUAUGUCAAGCUGCAUUACUGUGUGAGCUGUGCUAUUCAUAGCAAGGUAGUCAGGAAUCGAUCCCAUGAAGCCCGCAAGGACCGGACACCCCCACCACGAUUUAGACCUGCUGGUGCUGCACCACGACCUCCACCAAAGCCCAUGUAAAGAGAUGGCUUCAUAAAGACAGAAGAAAAAACACUUGGAAAAAUAAAAUUGGACUUACACUUUUUGAAUGUG